CAUACCCUAAAUAAACUAGUAACAAAAACUGUUACAUAUACUAUAUUUGCAUAAGAUAUGCGGAAAUCACUGAGGUCAAGGGGCAAGUAGAAUAAUAACAGGAUUUUAUCUGAAAACAACAAAUUCAUUCUCUUUUGGAAUGACUUUUUGGAAUGAAAGUGGAAUGAUUUUCCACACUUACAAAAAGUUGAUUGAGAAAAUUUGGAAAAUUCAAAAAAAUGUGCAAAAUUCUAAAAACGGAUUACCUUUUUAAUUGCGUUGUAUUCCCCUUUAAAAGUGGACUCAGCUGAGGUGUUGCUGGUUCCAAGUGCAAGAGGGACUAGGUCAGCAUGUAUGUUUCCAUACUGCCACCUGGAGAUCAAACUUGUAAUAGAAAUUAUAUUGAAAACAAUCGAAUGUACAACUUCAUUAUAAAUCAUGCUGAUUCUCAUGAAGUGUUGUGAGGCUUGUAGGAUGCACUGAAUAAACACUGUUAAAUUAACUGUAUUCGUUAUCUAACUGUGGUACAAGAUAUUGGAGUUUUUAGAUUCUCGCACAUAUUUUCAGAGUUUGACUAUCAUUUCUGCCUUGCGUAUCAACAGAAAGUUAAAAUCAAGCCAGUUCUGCCACAUCUGAAAAUCACGGUGGACCCCCGGAGAGAGAGAGGGUCCUGAGACGCUCUUCCACAACUGGGCCUAUUAUUAGGAUUAGCAAAUCUCGCGGUGUUUCGGUGUGUAAGAGCGUAGUGGCGACGAGAACUGACUGUGGGACCGAGUGGAGAGUUGUUAUCGAAGAGGGAGAACACAGAGGCAGGAGCGGGGGGUGUGUGUGUGUGUGUUUGUGGGGCAAUAAGAAGAAGAAGAAAAAACCAGCACAACAAGGCUUGAAUGAGAGAGGCAAGCUGGCGGAAUUCAACAUGGCAUCCGGAGACACCUUGUAUAUUGAGGCGGACGGCUCGGAGAUGCCGGCUGAAAUAGUGGAGCUACACGAGAUUGAGGUGGAAACGAUACCGGUGGAGACCAUCGAGACUACGGUGGUCGGGGGAGACGACGACGACGACCAGCCCAUGAUUGCUCUUCAGCCGCUGGUUACGGACGACCCCAACUCAAUCCACCACCACCAAGAAGUCAUCCUAGUCCAGACGAGAGAGGAGGUGGUGGGCGGCGAUGACUCGGACCUGCACGCCGACGGGGGUUUCGAGGACCAGAUCCUCAUCCCGGUGCCGGCGCCCGGCGUGGAGGACGAGUACAUCGAGCAGACUCUGGUGACUGUGGCCGGGAAGAGCUCGGUGGGUCGGGUGAAACGAGGAGGCGGCGGCAGCGGGAAGAAAUCCGGCAAGAAGAGCUAUUUAAGCGGCGCGGAAGGCGGCGGUAGAAAAUGGGAGCAGAAGCAGGUGCAAAUAAAGACACUGGAGGGGGAGUUUUCUGUUACGAUGUGGGCAUCGGAUGACAAUAAAGACAUUGACCAUGAGUCGGUGGUUGAGGAGCAAAUCAUCGGAGAGAAUUCCCCCCCGGACUACUCGGAGUACAUGACGGGGAAGAAACUGCCCCCUGGUGGCAUCCCGGGGAUCGACCUCUCAGACCCCAAACAGCUGGCCGAGUUCGCCAGGAUGAAGCCCAGGAAAGUGAAAGAAGAUGAUGCUCCGAGGACGAUAGCUUGCCCUCAUAAAGGCUGUACAAAGAUGUUCAGGGAUAACUCCGCCAUGAGGAAGCAUCUCCACACCCACGGACCCCGUGUGCAUGUCUGCGCCGAGUGUGGAAAGGCCUUUGUGGAGAGCUCCAAACUCAAACGUCACCAACUUGUACACACAGGGGAGAAACCCUUCCAGUGUACUUUUGAGGGCUGUGGGAAAAGGUUUUCUCUGGACUUCAACCUGCGCACACAUGUACGGAUCCACACUGGAGACAGGCCCUACGUCUGCCCUUUCGAUGGCUGCAAUAAGAAGUUUGCCCAGUCUACCAACUUAAAGUCUCACAUUCUCACACACGCCAAAGCUAAAAACAACCAAUGAGAACCCUCCCACCAGCCUCAAGCCACACAUACCCAGGAAAAAGAGAUCAUCACUAGGAAAAUACCCGGAGCCUUGUUCGAAGACAGAAUUGGAAAGCGUGAGACUUUUUGAUCAAGAAGAGGAGAUAAAAAAGACUUGAGACAUAGGGACAGGCAAUUGUUUUUGUUCCCUUCCCUUCCCCCCCUGCCGUUAUAAUGGCUGAGGAAUACAGUGACUUUUCCCCAGAGGCCUACCCCUGCCACCACAGUCCCCUUCCUCCAGUGGCACCCGGUUGCCAGAAGAUGGAACCCAUGGACAAACAUUAGAGACUAUUUUUACCACAGAGCUGAGCAAUCCAGUCAUGUCUUCUUUUUUUUCUUUUUUUUAAAUUAAUUUUGCUGCAUAGGUUUUAUUUCCUUUUCCUCACAGUGUGCAUAUUGUACACUUAACUUGGGCUAUGUUUACUAAAAUUAUGAUUUUUUUUUCUUCCUUUCCUUCCGUUAAAUGAAAUAAGUAUUUUAUGAAAUGCUUUCGCCUUGUGUGACCUGUUUUCUCAUGUAACCCUAAGAUGGUUUAAAAAAAAAACAAAAAAAAACAAACCUGUUUGCAUUUCCAUACCUACUUCGGCUGUAUUUUUCUCUAACCACAAAAUAACCUUGUAUACUUGUAUUGUAUGGCUGUAUUGAAAUUAUGUAGACAUAGAGGCGUGGUUUAAAGUGUUAACCAAUUAAACUUUUAGUCAUGAGUUGCUUUCUUUUCUAUGGACUGUCUUCAUGCAGAACCCCUGAGUAAAGUAAACGUACUCGGUGCCUGCCUUGGUUAAAUUGUCGAAAACAUACAUUAAACUGACUGCGAGACCAUCACUUUCUGUUAGAAUGUAAUGUACAGGUGUCAACCAUUAACUUCCUUUGUUGAUAUUUACUCCCAUGUAUCCCAACUGCCCACAAUAAAAUGGGUCAUUCCAA